GUAGGUAGGAAGAGGCGGCUCCUCAGCCAGCAGGGGCAGUUGUCGGUCUGUGGGGAGCUUCAACAGCUGGCUACGAAGAAGGAAGGCGGGGGCAGCGGCCUCUUUGCCGUUCUAGCGGCGGAGUCUCCGGCACGUGGGCGUGUUUCCCCAGACGGGGAGGGACCCACGGAGCUAACACCCCGCCGCCGCCGCCGCCGCCGCCCUCCUCCAAGUUUGUGCGCUUUCCAACGGGCAGGACUCUGCCGGCGGCGGCGGCGGCUCAGCCCGAGCCCGAGCCCGAGCGCAGAGCGGGCGGCGGCAGAGCGCGGCGGGGCGAUGAAGGGGCGGCGCUGGCGGGGGCGCUGGCAGCACCGCCGCCUCGCCCUGCUGCUGGUGCUCUACACGCUGCUGCUGCUGCUCCUGGUGCCCUACGUGCAGGACUACGGGGCCAGGCGGGGGCGAGGGGCGGACGAGGCGCCGCUGCGGCCCCGCUGCCCCAGCCUGCAGGACGCGCUGGGCGAGUGGGGCUGGGGGAAGGAGGAGGAGGAGGAGGAGGAGGGGGACGGGGAGGAGAAGCAGCCGCCGCGCAAGGGGGCGACGGCUGAGGGGAGCGAGGCCGGCGGCGGGAAGCGGCACAUCUACCUGCACGCCAGCUGGCGCACGGGCUCCUCCUUCCUGGGGGAGCUCUUCAACCAGCACCCGGACGUCUUCUACCUGUACGAGCCCAUGUGGCACCUGUGGCAGGCCCUGUACCCGGCGGACGCGCUCAGCCUGCAGGGCGCCCUGCGCGACAUGCUCCGCUCGCUCUUCCGCUGCGACUUCUCCGUGCUGCGCCUCUACGCCGGCCCGCCCGCGCCCCGGGACCCGCCGGCUCUGGGCGGCGGCGGCGGCGGCAGCAACCUCACCACGGCCGGGCUCUUCGGCUGGCGGACGAACAAGGUGAUCUGCUCGGCCCCGCUCUGCCCGGACGCGCCCCGGCCCCGCCACGAGAUCGGCCUGAUCGACGGCGCCGCCUGCGAGCGGAGCUGCCCGCCGCGCGGGCUGCGGGAGCUGGAGGCCGAGUGCCGCAAGUACCCGGUGGUGGUGAUCAAGGACGUGCGGCUGCUGGAGCUGGGCGCGCUGCUGCCGCUGCUGCGGGAGCCCGGCCUCAACCUGCGGGUCAUCCAGCUCUUCCGCGACCCCCGCGCCGUGCACAACUCCCGCCUCAAGGCCAAGCAGGCGCUGCUGCGGGAGAGCAUCCAGGUGCUGCGGAGCCGGCACCGCGCCGAGCCCCGGGGGCUCCCCCGCCGGCAGCCCCUGCCCGCGGCCGCGCUGGGCGGCGGGAUGCGGGCGCAGCAGCAGCAGCAGCACCGGGCCGAGUUCUUCCUGAGCGGCGCGCUGGAGGUGAUCUGCCAGGCCUGGCUCCGCGACCUGCUCUUCUCCCGCCGCGCCCCGGCCUGGCUGCGCCGCCGCUACACCCAGCUGCGCUACGAGGACCUGGUGCUGGAGCCCCGCGCCCAGCUGCGCCGCCUGCUGCGCUUCGCCGGCCUGCCCGUGCCGCCCGCCAUGGAGAGCUUCGUGCUCAACAUGACCCGCGGCGCCGCCUACUCCUCCGAGCGGCCCUUCCUCAUCUCCGCCCGGGACGCGCGGGAGGCCAUCCACGCCUGGCGGGAGCGGCUCAGCCGGGAGCAGGUGCGCCAGGUGGAGGCCGCCUGCGGCCAAGCUAUGAGCCUCUUGUCCUACCCGCCCAGCGCCGAGCCCGGCGGCGGAGCCCGGGAGGGGGGCAGCAGGUAGCGGCCGCCUCCUGGACGGGACCUGCAGCUUGAAUUGCAGACAUUGGAAGGAUGCGUUACUGUACAGCCAAGGACUACGAAGAAAAAUUCAUCCCUGAAGAGAUUACAUUCCACAUCCUUUCAGAAAUUCAGUUAAUGCUAACAACUGUACAGUUUUGCAUAACAGAACAAAUUUUAAUCCCCUAAAACAGAUGGACAUAAUGACUUCAUUUCCAGUAAGGAUAUGACAGUGCAAUAUGGACAACUAUGAACCUCCAAUAUGGAGUGGUUUAUUUUACAGUUUGAAGCUGCCAGUCUGUGGUCAGUUGUAGGUGCUUUUUCUGGCAACAAGGAGACUUAAAUUUUUAAAGUUACUGACAGUACUUGGACAAAUCAUCUACCAUUGCAAAAAUUCAGUAUUUGCAAGUGUAGUAUUAUACACUUCAGAUUUGUAGCACAACUUUCACAGAUCUAAAUGGUGAGGGUUUUUUUUAAGUGCUCUGCUUCCCCACCCUGUAAUGGGGAAUUAUUUUAUCCUAAUACCAGGACUGUGUGUUUAGAGUUCUGAAUACAGUAAAUUAUAUAGUAA